GUCAAGAAUAGAACUGCAGGUUGGGCCGGAUAGAAUGGAUAAGAUAAUGAACAAUGCCGUGUUUAUUAUAAGUGCUGGAACAAAUGAUUUUGCUGCUAAUUACAUCCCUCUUCCAAUCAGAAAGAAGAUGUUCUCAAUUGCAGAUUAUCAAAACUUUGUCCUGCAAAAUCUACAAGAAUUCCUACAGGGAAUACACAAAUUAGGAGCUAGAAAAAUGGCAGUGGUAGGACUUCCUCCAGUUGGGUGUUUGCCAGUGAUUAUCACUCUAUUUGGAUUUGGUGAUAGAAAAUGCAUUGAGGCUUUCAACUCCAUGUCCAUCAUUUACAACAAUAAGCUCAAAGAUAUCUUGCGAAAGGCCUCAACAGUGUUACAAGGGGCCCAACUCAUAUAUGUGGAUGUCUUUACUCCUUUAUAUGACUUCAUUCUCUCUCCAAACAAGUAUGGGUUUGAGGAGACCAUGGUGGGAUGUUGUGGAACAGGGAUGGUGGAGGCAGGGUUGGCAUGCAAUGCAAACUCUCUUGUUUGCAUUGAUGCAUCAAAGAGGAAGCUGACUAUGAGGAAAGGGAGGAAUCUGAGCAUGAAUCUGAAGAUGAUUCUGAAGAAGAGACUGAGGGCUGCUGGCUCUAUUUACUCAGUUUGCAGCUUUAUUAUUAAUGUUCAGCCUUUGUUUUUCGCAUGCCACUGUGGGCCAGCUUUAGGCCAUCAACAGCUUCUAUCAUGCAGUUCAUGGCCACGGUUUGCUUCUGAAGCUUCAGACAUAAACUCUCUUUAUGAUUGUUGCAUUUCCUUUGAUUAUAAUGAUGCUAACUGCAGAAAGGAGACGCUGAGGGUCUUAUUGAGGAUAGCAAAUCCAAAAUUUGGUUUCAACCAAAGACUGGCAAUAGUCGAAAGCAAAUGUAAGUAG